UGGAUCCUUGUCACUGAUAUAUCCCGAUCAGAUCCCCUCUUGCUGGACGCUGGCCCAUCGUUUCAGUCAUUCAUGUCAGUUCUGCUAUACUAGCACUACUCUUUCCCGUGAACUUUUGAGGACUAUUCUCCUCGCGCCACUCCUUUUCUGCAGAUAUUUUGAUUUCAGCAUCCAUGAAGAGCAUCACAAUGCUGCCUUCCCUGCUUUCCGUUUUAUUCUUCCUGCUCUAUGCAGUGAACGCUGUUCCACUGGCGCCCCGGGCGAGUGCACUCGCCGGGAUCGACACCAAGUCCUUCUCUAAGACCAAAGAUUAUCCCCUUCCCAACCUGGGCAACAUCGUUGCUCAUGACCCUAAUGUCAUUCAGCAUGAUGGCUAUUUCUACUUGUACAAAGGUGGUGUGCACAUUCCGAUUCACAGAGCCCGCUCCCUCAGUGGGCCUUGGGAACAGGUCGGGACCGUCCUGGACGACUCCAGCGUGAUUCCAAAACAGAACCGCUCUCGUCCUUGGGCCCCUACGACCAUUCAGCACGACAACCGCUUCUACUGCUUCUACGCGAUCAGCGAGAACGGCAGCCGCGACAGCGCCAUUGGAGUCGCCUCUUCGGAUACUCCCGUCGGUGGAAACUGGACGGACCAUGGCGCUGUCGUCAACACCGGCAAGGGAGACCUGUCGGACAUCUAUCCUUACUCGGUAUCCAAUGCGAUUGACGGCGCAUUCAUCACCGAUCAAGAGACCGGACAGUCUCACCUGCUUUACGGAAGCUAUUGGCAUGGCAUUUUCUCGGUGCCAUUGGCCGAUGAUCUCCUUUCCGUCAAAACCCCGAAGACCCCGAACGCGACCAACCUGGCCUACAUCCCCGAUGCCAAGUCCAAGCCUAUCGAGGGCUCUUUCAUGACUUACAAGGCGCCUUACUACUACCUGUGGUUCAGUCACGGCAAAUGUUGUCACUUUGAUAUUCACGCUUUUCCGCCCAUGGGAGACGAGUACAACAUCCGGGUCGGCAGAUCUAAGAGUGCGACAGGUCCUUUCGUGGACAAGGAUGGCCAUGAUACCCUCAAGGGAGGCGGUACCAUCGUCUACGGCUCCAACCAUGGAAUUGUCUAUGCCCCGGGUGGUGUGGGCGUGUUGAUCAACAACGGCAGCGAAGCCGAUGUCUUAUAUUACCAUUAUCUCAACACUACAUCUGGUUUCGCACAGGGCGACGCGCACUUGGGAUGGAACUAUCUGCACUAUGUAAAUGGAUGGCCAGUGGCUGUCGAGGGGUAUGUUAAUGCCAGCGGCAAAUAACGCUCAGGCACUAAAGGUGGAAACUUCAGUAAAUCUAGCAUAAACGCUACAUCAAACGAAAGCAGUGGUCGGAUUCUUCAACCGAACCACUCGCUCAAUUCAUUAGCGCUUCUGUGUAUGUGCUGU